UUGGAGGACUGCUCGAGUCUCACCAUCGCGUCGCAGUCGUGCGUUACUACUUGCCGCUCACUCGGAAAAGUCAAGCGUCGCGCGACUUCCUUCGCCUAGAAUAAAAGCAAUGAUGCGUCUAGUGUUUUUUUUCCUGAAUGCUCCUAGUGAGACUCCACUGCAUGUGUGAUGGUCCUUUUCAAAGCACCGCUCGGCUCUCACUCGCCAUCGUGUCGCAAUCAUGUCGCGUGGGGUUCUACUCGCAUUAUAGGGUUUCCGGGAACCAAUUAAACGUGAAGCUCUGAGUUUUUUCGGAGGAACGACCAGAAUGGCUAAAUCGGAUUCGACGCCAAGGCCAUUCCGAUGCUGCGCUCGCCAUCUGAUUGGGUGGAUCGCGAUUAUACGAGGUGCGCCUCGGAGCUUUCUGAGUCCGAGCCCGGUUUUUUCGCGUUCGGCAUCUUCACGGAAUCCGACCCGCCCGCCACUCCCGCGCCACCAGCAGCCUUCAAGGAGCUAUCCGGAUAGACGCGCCGAAUAGACUCCAGUCAAGUUGACGGCGCGCCUAUCCGGUGGGGGAAAGGUGCGACAUUCACGAGCUCCCAACGUGACUAUAAACAUCAUACUCCGAAUGAGGGUGGUUCUACUCCGAGUAGAUACUCAUCCAGCGGUACUAAUCCGCCUUCCACUCUUCCAUAGUUCCAGCAACCACCCCGGCGUGCUUCCUCUUGCCAUCCGAGCUUGCGGAUCUUUUCAUCAAUCCGAGCUUCCGAGAGCCAUGGCCUUCACUCCGACUAGCCGCGUCUUACUCUUAGCGCUCUUCGCGGCGCUGGUGGCGGUCGCCUAUUCCCAGGAACCUGAUACCUUCACUGCUAAGCUGAAUGGAGCUAACGAGGUGUAUAAGAAUGACGAUGGAAAUUUUAUGCUAGUUGUGGGCAACAAAAGCGGCAAGGUGGUCGUGAAACUGGAAAUCCACAAGGAAGUCCGUUGGGGUUUGUGCCGUCAGGAGCGGAGGAGGGAGGAUGUGAGCAUAGGGCAGGAGGGGUAGAGAGAGGGGGAGGGGUGCAGAAGGGCUUGCACAAGGCGGAGAGGGGCUUGCGCAACACGGAGAGGGGCUUGCGUGGAGGAGAGAGGGGCGGGCACGAGCAGAGAGGGCAUGUGCCGCAAUGCUAUGAUGAAAGUAAGUUGGGGUUUUUUAGAAUUCUCCAAAACCAACUUACCUCAGAGAGGGCAUGAGAGCGGCAGGGCUAUGUUGAUGACGGGCUCGAAAGGGGCGUGCAUGAUGCAAGGGGCCGCGAAAGUGGCUCUGAGAGGGGUGCAGUUAGGAGGCUGGACAGAGGCCCUGAUAGGAAUGCUGAUAGGGGCGUGGAGAGAGGAGUUAAAGCCCGACCGGUAGGUUGCAGAUUUUCACUGUUGAGGUAGGUGGGGCGGCAGAAUGUGAUUGGCUGACGAGAAAUUGGAGUGGCGAAAUACUGUUUAAGAAAAUGGCCUCUCGCCUAAUUUUCAGCUUGAACUUGGCAAGAGCUCCAAGUUUCGUGCCUCUCUUUUGGCAGGGGGCCACCUAGGCAGCAGCGCCAAGUUUCCGCUCCCCCAUUUUGGUUUUUUUUUCCAACACGCGAACAACCGUGUUUGGCCCUCGUCAUAUUUUGUGCAAGAUUGCGCAAAUUUCACAGGGCAUUGUGUUUUUCCGAUUUGUGGCUAUCGCUCUGCCAAGUUUGUCUCGGCAGCAGCUGUGUCAAAUCAGCCCCCCUUUCCCUGUCAUUCUGGGCUUAACCCAAGGGCCGCGCCCCCCAGUAUUCAUCAACUCGCAAUCAGCCCCCAUCCCCAUUGCGUUUGCGUUUGCAUUAGCCCAUCAUCACAUCAUGCAGGGGAGUGUGCUGCCUGCUCUUCCUCCUGGGUGCGGGCUGUGUUAAAUUAUAUAUAUAUAUAUAAUUGUAGGCUUGGGAAGAAGAAGGUGCUACGAGGCAGCAGCAGAGGGGAGUGAUUGCAGGGCGCAGGGUGGGCAGGUGGACAAUGGGUGUGCUGCCCAUCCUUCUCCUUCGCGUCGAUGUCUCCGUUGACCAUUCCUCUUCCUGGUUUUGGGCCAGAGGAAGGCUUCCUGCCACCGCCGCUGCCGCUGCUACUAAGAGGGCAUCCUCGU